AUGGCUGAUCCACUGACCGGAUAUACCCACUCAGCAGCCUUUGAUAUAGGGAAAUUGCCCGUGAGCGAUAUCCAUACUCUGCAUUAUGAGCAGUACGGCAAACAAGAUGGGAAGCCAGUCCUCUACCUCAAUGGCGGACCCGGCGGGCAUACCUCAUAUGGCAACACGAAGUACUUCAACCCAGCCAUCUACCGCGUGGUACUGUUCGACCAACGUGGUGCCGGGAAAUCAACACCCGCAGCCGAACUACGCGAGAAUACAAGUCAACACCUGGUUUCAGAUGUUGAACUGCUACGCAAGCACCUCCAAAUCACGAAAUGGCAUCUCGACUUCGGUGGUUCGUGGGGUUCAGCCCUGUCUUUGCUUUAUGCACAAGCGUACCCGGAGAUGGUUGGCUCCCUGAUACUACGGGGAAUAUUCACUGUCAGGAAAUCUGAACUCGAGUUCUCGCGUGGAUCCAUUGGCGCAGCGAGUACCUUUCCUGAACCAUACGAAGCCUUACCGAAUGAAGCGUACUAUGAUCUCCUUGUUUCGGAAGAUUACGAGACAAGAGUUGCUGUAGCGAGGGAAUGGAAUAGAUGGGAUUUAAGUAUUGGGACUUUGAGACCGGAGCCUGAGGAUUUUGCUCAACUGGAAGAUGAUGCGUGGGUGCUUGCUCAUGCGAGGCUCGAGGCGCAUUACUUUAUGAACGGGGGUUUCCUGGAAGAAGGUCAGAUUCUCAAGGAGGAGAACUUGAGGAAAAUUAGCCAUAUUCCGGCCACUAUUAUCCAGGGUCGCUAUGAUAUCGUCUGCCCACCGCAGACAGCCUGGGGUUUGCACAAGGGUUUGCCGGACUCGCGGUUGUUUUGGACUCCUGAUGCCGGUCAUAGUCCUAGUGAACCUGGAACGCGGGCCAAACUGUUCGAGGUCUGUGACGAGUACGCCGAGCUUGACUUGACUCACUGA